UGAUCGCCGGAUGUUAUCGUUAUCGGCCUCUCUUUUUAUAAAAUGACAUAAAUAAAUGAAAAGUGAAAGGAAGCCGUCAAAACGUCGUCUCCGUGUUUCCGCUUGUAUUUCGGUCGCGCUCUCGUUCGAUCAAGGAACUGCAAUCCGUUCAGAAUGUCUGCCAGCGUCGUUCUUUCCCGGGACUACCAUGGCCAUGGCGCCCAACAACCGUCCCAGCAACAACAACAGCUGUUGCACCAGCAAGGUCCCCUGCCUGCAGUGCGCGCGUAUAUGCUCAUCGAAGAUGACGUUCACGGAGUUAUUGAGUUGCCGACCCACAUACAGGAGAUAGUGGAGCACCCGCUGUUUCAACGCCUGAAGAAGAUCCAUCAGCUGGGACUGGUGCCAUGGGUGAUAGCGCCACAGGCUAAUCACAAACGAUACGAUCAUUGCUUGGGCACCUACAAAAGCGCCCAGGAUCAUUUGAGAGCCAUUGAGCGCAACUCUAAAUAUGAGGCUAAGCUGCCCGAUUGGUGUCGCAAGGCGGUAGAGAUAGCAGCUCUACUGCACGACAUUGGCCACGGACCGAUGUCGCAUGUCUGGGAAAGGGUUUGCCAACAGCAUUUCGAUCACGAGGAGAAUGCACUGGAUUGCGUGGAUCGCAUAUUCAAGGACGCCCGCCACUCGGAGCUAGUAGCGUUGCGGGAUAAGGGUAGUGGCCGUGGAGUUCAGCUCAUAAAGGCAUUGAUAUUGGGCGACACUGAGUACCUGACGUUUCCAAUGAUGGGGCAUGCCUACAUCUUUGACAUCGUGCACAACCAUCGCUGCGGCUUGGAUGUGGACAAGUGGGACUACCUACGACGCGACAAUAAACGCCUCGAAAUACUCGGCCCCGAAGAGAUGGACUUUGAUGAUAUAUUCCUUAAAGCCCGCAUAUCACCGGACGGCCAGCGCAUUGAGUAUCGUUUUGAUGACUAUCAUCGCAUUUAUGCUUUGUUCGAGGCACGAGGCAGACUCCAUGUUGAGGCCUAUCAGCAUCCCAGAAAUGCAGCCGCCGAACAGAUAUUCGUUGAUUUGGUGCAGCGUCUGGCGCCACAGGUGGUAGACCUGCGAUCCAAUGACGCUGGCUGGUUAAAUCUGUACGAUGACCAUAUUCUGAAGCUGAUUGAAAAUGAUGCAAUGGCCGCAUACUUCCGGGAACCCCAACGUGUUGUGGAGCUGCCAUCUGUCGAUGGUUCAGGUGCCGACGUUUUACCCAUUAGCAGAAUAAUCGAGGGACCUGGCUGUGUUAUGAAGCCCGAUAAGGCUUUCGCUUUCUAUGGCGAUAAGCGCAAAAAGCGUCAAAUCAAUCGAUGUCUGAGCGCCACAACAUUCAACAAGUGCUAUACAUUAGAAUAACAAAUCGCAUCACACAAUAUUCACAGUUCAUAAUAAUUUCAAACAAGUUAGUGAAAUUUUUCGUUAUUGUUUAUCCUUCAUUUUGCCAUAGCAACCCGAUAUUCCACUCGUAUAAGUUCGCUUUAUAUUAUUGAGUUAUGUUUUUCCCCUAUUAUGUAUUUUCUGCGUUUUUGUUAGACAGUUGAUGGAGAGAUGAACCCAACAGUUAGUUUAAUUCUCGAUUCGUAUUACCCGUUCGACGUAAAGCAACAGAGUCCAAAGCCGAUAGUGUUCUUAGAAUAUUGAUUUUUAUUAUUUAAUAUAUUCUAUUUUAUAUGUGGUUUUUUCUUACAACUAAAAUACUAACACAAAAAUUUCAACAGUUCACUUGAAGACAUCACAAUUCGAAUUCAGGUCUUACUAACCUUAAGUACAUACUAAUCAAUAUAAAUAUACAUAUACAUAUAUACGUGGGUUGUAUUUUUGAUAACCAAUUUGAAAUAUACACAAGAGAAAAC